UUAGGUUUUGUAUUUAGAUUUCGAGGAAAGUCCGAGUCGGAGUUUGCAUUUUUCAAAGUUUUUUAACGCUGCAUUGGUGCGCACUUUCCUACCUGUAGUGACUUCGUCAUUUGUUUGUUCCGGAAGUAGCUACAUAGUAGUUAGCUAGGUAAUUUCUGACUGUAGCUGGUGCUAGAGUUCCGAAGUCUGUUUGGAGGUUCUAUGGAAGAGAUGUCAGGAGAGAGUGUAGGGUGCACGGCAGUGCCUGCGGCUACAACCCGGACCACCUCUUUCAAGGGCUCCACUACCAGCUCCAAGUAUGUUAAGCUAAAUGUCGGCGGUGCACUUUACUAUACCACUAUGCAGACCCUGACUAAGCAGGACACCAUGCUCAAGGCUAUGUUCAGCGGCAGGAUGGAGGUCCUCACGGACAGUGAAGGCUGGAUCCUGAUUGACCGGUGUGGGAAACACUUUGGAACAAUUCUGAACUAUCUUAGAGAUGGGGCGGUCCCACUUCCAGACAAUCGACGGGAAACUGAGGAGCUGCUGGCUGAGGCCAAGUACUAUUUGGUCCAGGGCCUGGCUGAUGAGUGUCAAGCUGCACUUCAGAACAAAGAAUCAUACGAGCCAUUUUGUAAAGUUCCUCUGGUGACCUCAUCGAAAGAAGAGCAGAGACUCAUCGCCACUUCCAAUAAGCCCACUGUCAAACUCUUAUACAAUAGAAGCAACAACAAAUACUCCUACACCAGUAACUCCGACGACAACAUGCUGAAGAACAUUGAGCUGUUUGACAAGCUGUCGCUGCGCUUCAACAACCGCGUCCUCUUCAUCAAGGACGUGAUCGGAGACGAGAUCUGCUGCUGGUCGUUUUACGGACAGGGCCGUAAGAUCGCUGAAGUGUGCUGCACCUCCAUUGUCUACGCCACAGAGAAGAAGCAAACCAAGGUGGAGUUCCCAGAGGCACGAAUCUACGAGGAGACACUCAACAUCCUCCUGUACGAGUCCCAGGACGGGAGGGGUCCCGACAACGCUCUGCUGGAAGCCACUGGGGGCGCGGCUGGCCGCUCGCACCACCUGGACGAAGACGAAGAGCGCAUCGACAGGGUCCGCCGGAUCCACGUCAAGCGUCCUGAUGACCGCACGCAUCACCACCAGUAACCCCUGACUGAGCGCCCCCCUCCACCCGCCACCACCCAACGGUCAGCCCUGAUUGACCGCCCCCCUCCCACCGUCACCAUCCAACGGUCAGCCCUGACUGAGUGCCCCCCUCCCACCGUCACCAUCCAACGGUCAGCCCUGAUUGACCGCCCCCCCCUCCACCCGUCACCAUCCAAUGGUCAGCCCUGAUUGACCGCCCCCCUCCCACCGUCACCAUCCAACGGUCAGCCCUGAUUGACCGCCCCCCCUCCACCCGUCACCAUCCAACGGUCAGCCCUGAUUGACCGCCCCCCUCCCACCGUCACCAUCCAAUGGUCAGCCCUGACUGAGCGCCCCCCUCCCACCGUCACCAUCCAACGGUCAGCCCUGACUGAGCGCCCCCCUCCCACCGUCACCAUCCAAUGGUCAGCCCUGGGUGUCUGAUCCUGGACUUUCAGAGAACCAUGUCAGUGCCUUAAUUUCAACACCCAACGCCUCUCUCUCGCUCUUUUUUUCCAUCACAACAAUCACCUGGCAACCACUACGGAAACCGAUGGACACGAGUGUGUACGUGUGCUUUGUUUCUCUAUCAGGACAAUGUGAAUGGGAUUAUAAAUGGGAAUUGUGUGGCCUGGAAACAUUGUGAAGGUUAACUGGAGGGAAUUGCAUUGUCAGCAUCAUGCUUUUCCUUCCUUGCUAUGUUACAGCCGGAAGAACAAUAAUCAUGUGACACUGGUUGCUGAGUUUCUGGAUGUUAUAAAUAUUCAUUCAAAGCAAAGUGUGUGUUGUGUAAUUGUGAAGUAUUUGAAGAAACUGAUUGCAAUCUAUCAGGCGUUCUACAAAAACAGUCCACCAGAGGGCAGUAUUUAAUCAAGACUGCAUCAUUCUUUGCCUCCUUUGGUUUUCUAUCAAUUUCCAGUGAAACAGUAAUCUUUUCACCCUUUUGUUUGUACGAGUCAGUAUUUGGUUGAAUCUAGAUUUAAACCAAUGGACAAACUCCACUCUCCCCCAACCUUGUUUUAAUUUACCUUUAAUACCCAAUAAUGUCCCUGGAUGACAUUUUAAGUUAUGGUUUAAAAGAGAACUUGAGCUGUGGAGUGAGGUUUUAAGUGUUACUCAGGGUGAUUGAAUGGCUGAAACUGGAGAGCUACCCCCAAGAAGGAGGGCUCUGUCUUCUACAAGCUUUUAACAGACAGAAAUUAGACCUGUCCCUCGUUAGGGCAUUCAUUAAGGAAUGUAACCAUAUGUCCACAUGAGAUUUGUCCCCAAACAAUACAGGUUGAGGUCCAACUGUACAGAUGUACCACAUUAAAUGUUUUACAUAUAUUUAUACAUACUGUAUCACAAAUAAAAGAGAUGAGCAAAACAA